AUGAAUCAUGAUCGAUUCAACCAUGCAGGUUCGGGUAUGGAAAGUGGAGGAGGUCUUCCAUCAUCGGAUGUAUCUGCUGCUGCUGCUGCCUCUAAAAGGAGGAGUAGGUUUCCUGUUCUUACAGGAGAAACCAAUAAAGGAUCUAUUGAAGCAUUGGUCAAAAGCACAGGAAAAGAGUCUCUACAGUGGGGAUUGGCUGCGGGAAUGUAUUCGGGGCUAACCUAUGGUCUUAAAGAGGCUAGGGGAACUCAUGACUGGAAGAACAGUGCAGUUGCAGGAGCUAUCACAGGAGCUGCCUUGUCUAUGAUGACCACAGACAAUACAACACACGAGCAGGUUGUGCAGUGUGCCAUUACCGGUGCUGCCAUUUCAACUGUUGCUAACUUCAUGAAGGGCAUCUUUUGAUCAUCUCUAGCAGCUUGUUUAUCUA